CCGGCAAUUGCUCCAAGUUGCACUCGCUAAAUGAUCACUCUAGCCUGUUAUGGCUUUAACCAAAGCCUGCCAAUGGCUAUGGGAACUAUAAGACAUUGAUUGGUCGAGCAGCGACAAUCUACAUUUGUCUGUGAGCCGGGUAUCCGUAGUCUCGUGUGGAUAUUACCACAAUCGGUAGAGUCUACAACGAUCUAGACACAUCUGUGUGUGUCAGAGGAGAGUUAGCUCAGUUCAAUAGAAGGAUUUUAUCUUAAUUGCUUUCAUUGGAUAUAAAGAUUACUAGAGCAAGGUUUUACUGUUGAACAAGGUGUAGUUGCACUGGAUCAAUUUCACGGUGAUCCAGUCAUGUGAAUCUGAGUCCCUGUCCAAUCUGUUGUAACUGAAGUAUUUCAUACACGCUGGUUGGAAAGAUAGGAAAGACAAAGCUAAUAAGACGGAGAGACCAGGACAACAAUCGCAAGUCAAGUCAAAUUGAUUUAGAAACCAUCCCAACAAGAGGCCAGCCAAUUAACCAAUGAUAAACUACUCAGAUCAAUUAAAACAAUAGAAGAUUUCAAUCUACACAACACGAUUUCUAUGCAGUUUGACAAAACAGUCAUGUAACAUCUAAACAACAGUGCAGAUCAUCAACGCCUCAGCUAUAGGUGAUCUAAUUAUUUUGGAGUUCUUAGUCGAUAGCUUUACUGGCCACUUGAGUAGACAUGUCUGUUGUAAUGAGAAGAACUUCUUAACCACUUCGAUUAAUGAGGAAUUCAGGAUAUCAUGCGAGCAUAAAAUUGCACCUCUGGACUCGCUGCCGUUGGAUAUUGAUUUUACUGUCAAUUACGUUUCACAGUGACAUCCAAUGAGAGCCCAGCUCAGAUGCAAUCACAAAUAUAAUCAUCGGAUAAUAUCAUUGGCCAUUUGAGGGAAUAAAGCAAUCAGUUUGUCCCCGAGUUCGGCUCAAGUCAUCUGGCAUGUUCAAUUCUGCCCAUAACGUGUGAAACUAACCUUUUUAUAAAAGGGCGCUGUGACAUUUGCUAGUUAUCCAAGCGUUAUGAUUAACUGCAGGGCGUAAAAAGAAACUAUCACAUCAUGUUGGUUCUCUUUUUAUGAUUUUGAUUGAUGUUUGGUCAGGAGGUCACAAUAACGUAUAAUAGGAAAAGCAGCCAAGGGGAUCAAAUGAUUUCAGGACUUAUUACAGGAUAGUAUUCGUUCUUUGAAGCUGAAGCCAUGACAGUGCGCUGCUUUUGAAGAGCUGACAAGUUGGUUUGACAAGGCUCCGACUAUAGUGCUAUUCUUUUUAAACAUUUACUUUACAAAUAAAAGCGACCGUCAUCUUUUAAUCAUCAUCUUAGCCAAAAUCAUCACUAAAUGCUCUUUUACAAACUGUCCAAACAACAUACAUCUAACUGACAGCUGCUGACCCAAAAAACAAUGUGGAUUUGAUGAUAUCAGUCCUGCUGUAUAAAAUAAAUGUCACCACCAAAGCGAUCAUCUAAGAUGGAGUGCUUAUUACAAACUCUUCAACUUUUAUCUAUUGUCUUUCUCGCAAGACUCUGCUGUGCUGUCGAUGACAGCUGGAAUGUGACAUGUCCCGGAAAGUGUCGGUGUAGCAGACGUAUCUCACCGCGACAUCAAACAGAACGCAAGACAAUUGAUUGCACAAGUUCAAAGCUGAAGUAUGUACCAAAGGGAUUACCGCUGGAUACGGAGGUGCUCAUUCUAAAGGGCAAUUUGAUUGCUUCCAUUCACGAGGAACUUCCAAAGCUCACUAACCUUGUCGAGCUGGACUUGUCCUUUAAUGAGAUUAGUCGAUUAGGACAGCAGCCAUUGUUCCAAAACUUGACUUCUCUCCAGUACUUGAACUUGGACCAUAACAACUUACAUUCACUGCUUCAUGGAAGUUUCAGUGGUCUGUUAAACCUUAAGGAGUUAUGCUUAGCGAAUAAUAAACUGGAUGAUAUUCAAGUUCAUGCAUUAGGUGGUCUUAACCACCUUGUUAACAUUACAUUAAGUAAGAACAAUUUGCGUGAAAUAAAAAAUGAAUGGUUUAGCGCCAUGAGUAGCUUAGAGAUGUUGACUUUGGAUAAUAACCUGAUCACAAACAUUGACAAAGAAAGCUUGUCUAAUCUGACCCAAUUACAGAUGUUAUCCCUGGAAGGGAAUCGGAUUGAUGACAUUGAGUAUGGUGCUUUCCGCAAGCUUAGUCAUCUUAUGCACUUGUCAGUCCGUGACAACCUACUCAAUGAGAUACCCAAGGGUGCUUUUACCACUUUCAGAGACCUUAAGUUCCUAAUCCUCGAUGGCAAUCCUGUGAAAUUCAUAACAGCUGGGGACUUCGAGUUUAUCAACGUGCGUGAGAUUAGCUUAGUUAGGAUGCCAGAACUAUUAAUGGUGGCGGGGAACUCUUUCACAAAUUUACCAACCUUGGCAAUUUUGCAUUUACAUGACAACCCGAAGCUGAUGUACUUCGAUGGGCGAGCAUGCGCACUUGUUCCUGUAUUAUCCACCAUCUAUCUCCAUAACAAUAACCUCAUGACCUUAUCGCAAGCAAUGCUCGAUUCAAUUCCAAACCUUAAGGAGAUUACUUUUUACCACAAUCCAAUUGCCUGCAACUGUAAUGUUAGAUGGAUCAGAAAAAUGAUUGAAACGCAGAAAAAUUCCUCCGCGCAUCUCUUCAGCAAUGCUGAUAAGUAUGUCUGCAGCACGCCAGACAAGUUAGUUGGCAAAGUUCUGAGGAACCUGAAUCUUAAGGCAAUAGCAAAGGAGUGCCCACCCACUGUGUUACCAUUCUUCAACAGCAGUUACCAACUUCAGUUAGGAAAUACCAUCAAGUUUCAUUGUCGGGCAAUUGGAGUCCCUGAACCUGACAUCCACUGGAUUUUAUCCAAUGGUCAUGUGGUCAAUGGUUCAUCCAAUUACAGCCGCAUACGCCUCUUGAAGGGUACAAUGACUAUUCAUUAUGUGAAAGCUGUAGAUGGUGGCACUUUUAACUGUGUUGCAACAAAUCCAUACGGAUUUGAUGCUGCGUCAACAUCACUUAAGAUCCACAGUAACAAUAUCCGCAUCAUACCAAUAGGAAUACAUAAAACAUUUAUAACAGUAACUUGGAAUGGAACAGACAACACCGUCUCUCGAAGUAAAUAUCUGCUCAUGUACAAAACAUGGGAUUCGACAGAGAAUUAUAAAGGGAUUCAUUUACGCCCUUACAUGCGGACUUACACAAUUCCAAAUCUAAAGCCAAAAACAACAUACGAGUUUUGUAUAGCGUAUGAACACGACAGCGAACUUGUUCACAUAAACUGUUGCAACAUUACAACACGCAACACAAACUUCAUGAUGGAUGGAAUAAAGAACUUUAGUAGUAUGGCGAUCAUUAUCGGCUUGACAACAACCAUCGCCGUUGUCAUGGUGCUUUGUUUCAGUAUUGCCGCCAUCCGCAAAUAUAGUAAACGGAAACAGUACAAGGAGCCUGAGGGUGCUAACUAUAAAGUGGACAACAUGUCGCAGAUUCCACUAGAUAACAUUUAUAACCCACCGAGCACCCCACUUUGUAGCUCGACAACAUCUCUUAUAUCGAGCUCGCAGGCGUGAGACAAGGAACAGUGUCCUUCAUAAGCAGAUUCACAUGGGUGGCAAAAAACAGAUACCAAAACAUUUAGCAGCCUGGCAACUUAAAAAUACUCAUUUAAUCAUUCGGAAAGCACAUUUUGCAAUGCCACCCAAACACCUGUCUAUGGGGUACACUGUACAAGAAGUGAAUGAUGCAUGAGACAGUCCAACACUGUCUAAAAGAGAUGACACCAAUGCCAUAUUGGUGAAGUCGGGAGUAACCCAGAUUGGAGUAACUCAGAUUUGAGUCUAAUAGAAAACAUGGUGAAAAGUGCAUGGUGGUGGUGCCUCAAAAACAGUGACAUGAGUGAUGUGCAUCAUCCAUUGCUUGGAUGUAGUGGGAGAGGGUUAACUUGAAAAGCCGUGUUUGCUUGAAAGCAUUCAGAAAGCAUCUAAAAUCCCAUUAUUCAUUGUCUAACUUGAGAUGUUUUAGAAUAGAAAUUCAUACCUCACUGUCGAUAUUGAUUUUCUCACCAAAACUGCUAGUGUUGAGCUAAAAUACUGGUCUACCUUUCAGGUCCACCCUCACGGUUUUGGUGAGCCAACCAAUCAGGUAAAAUUGGGGUAAUUGAUAUUGUAGCCCCUUUUUCACCUAUAACUUAAGUUACGCAAGAGAUUUUCCUGCAGAUUCGCAAAAAAACCGGCCUGGAUCUUGUAGUGUCACCUCUUCCAAUACCAUAUUGCCUGUUAUUCAGGGCAUUUUAUCUAAACAAUGCUUCUGAGGGACAAUUCAAAACUUGUGGUCAGGGGCUACAAUUUCCCUGUGGCUUUGAGGUAAUUGUAGCCCCGGACUGAAAUUUCAAAUUACUCGUUUUUUAUGCAUAAAAACACUUUUUUUCACAGGUUUAUGGUAUUGGAAAUAAAACAUUUAGUAUUAUUACAAUCUAGGUUGACGACGUGAUUUUGCUGGUAUCAAACGGUAUUUAUUUAACACAUUAAGUGAUGUUCGAUGCAAUCUUUUUGUAAAAACACAAAGUUCUAUUCAUCCCCUCAGUUGUACAUUACACCUUGUGUCAGACAACAGCUUGUGAUAUUCUGAAUUGACGGACGGUCUUAUCGUGCGCUGUUAAAAACUUUUGUUUUAGGGAUGGGUCAUUUAUCAACCCCAAUUAUAGCUGCAUGGCAUCACUUAAUAGUAAUGCAAUGUACAUGUACCAUAAGAAAUGCUGCUAUAUAGUCGAUGGUGUGGCUUUAACUAGAGACACCAGUAACUUUGAAAAUAUUUUAUUUCGAAAUAAUGUUAGAUUAACUAGUAUGAAACCUCAAAUGAAUCAUUGUUGGUACAUAAUGGGUUACCAUUGUAUCUAUUGUAUCUAAAUCAAAUAGAUUUAUGAUCAAAUAAUAUAAUUCAGGUUUAAGAAUAAAGGAACCUAGAAUCUUCAUGAUUCAUGACAGGAUAUAUUGAGCUAUUUGCAGAGGCUAUAAAUACCCCGAACCAACGGGCUACAAAUACCCCAAGGGUACCUUGGUAGGAAAAGUGUCUCUGAAAAAUUUACUUUUAAUAAUGACAUCAAAUGCCGCAUACAUCAUUCCCUACACUCUGAUACUGAUCACCUGAACCAAGUUUCAAAUAUAUCAAUGCUCUAAAAGUGUGCAAGAUUCAAACCUGCAAAAAGUUUGAUCCGAACUUUUUUUGAGCAUAUGUCUGAUUUGUUUACUUCUUACAGUCAAAGCUCUUUUAUAAUAUGUUGCAUAAUCAGAAACUAUUUAUGUUGUGAUACUCAAGAGUCACCUCUUUCACAUCCAUGCUAGGGUUGGCUGAAUGAUUCAAUGGUUACCAGAAUUAAAAUCAAAAACAUAGUCACUAAGUCAGGGGCAACAAUUAGACCAGGGCUACAAUUACCCAAUUUUACCUUACUUCCAGUUUGGUAUCAUUUCCUUAAACCUGAAAAUGGGAACUUGCUUUUCGCUGGAUAUAGUAUCAGUGUUUUCUCUGAGUGUUUUGUGGGGCAGACACGUUAAACGGUGCCACAAGUUCUCAAAAAAAUUGUUUUAGAUAAUUAUUGAUUGAUUGAAGGCGCCACAAGUUCUCAAAAAAAUUGUUUUAGAUAAUUAUUGAUUGAUUGAAGGUAUUUGCUGCAAGUGAAUGUUGGCAUUAGUAGUUAUUAGUGAACUUUUGCUUGGAGUUAGGACAAGAACAAUAUUUAGCACAGAUUUAGGCCUAUACUGUCAUGACAGUUGCUCAGGCAUGCCCACAUUACAUAUAUCAUCAUUAAAUGUUAUGGCUGACCUAACCAGCUCAUGGCAGCUGGUUGUGAAAGCUCAUUUUUGUUUUUAAAUGUAUAUAAUUUGUAAAUAAAAUGUGCAUAAAGUCCUACAUGCAGCUUUUUUUAUAAGACAUAGGAUCUUAGUGCUAAGCUAUACUUCAUGCAGAACAAGUAAGAAGCAUGCCACUGCAUACACUCUGUAUCACAGAUUACAGCUGGCCCAAAAGCCUUUUCAGCAAACAGGCAAUGGAGAAGCCCUCUCCUAAAAUUUCAAAAGGCAACAGUGGUCAAUAUCAGCCUAUGUCCUGACACAGUCACUCAAGAGUACCCCAAAGUUUUGUUUAUACUGGCUCACAAGCCUACGAACCCCGAAUGAGCACAUGCGAAGCAUUUAUAUGGUUCAAAUAGGAGCUAUGUAGAAUGUUUUAAAUGAUAUUUUAGGGUCUCAUCAUUUCAUAAAAACAAAAAGUGGGUACAGAGGUGUUUCUAAUGUGUUUUAACUGCUGCUUGUUAUCUAGGACUUGUUAAAUUUUCCAAAAAAUGUUAAUUCUGCUAUUUAUUUUGGUAGAUUGUAGCAUUUGUAUUAAUUUCAUCAUGAGAAAAUAUUUGCACCAGAUAAUAUUCAUUUUCAUAGUUAGAGGAUUAGAUGUCAUGUCAGUGAAUUCCAUGCUAUCAAGAAGCAGCAAUAAAUCCUUCCUGGGGAACAACUUUCAUACAACAUUGUAAUAAAGAAAAAACCUUUUAACUUCUUCAAUGAAAUGGCCAGGGCCAUUGUGCUCACCUCAUGUGGAGGAAAGAUGGAUAAAGAGCAUGGUAUUGUGUCAUGUAGUGUUAGGUUUGAUGUAGGUCCAAGCAAUUACAAUUUCCCCAAAAUGGCCAAUUUACAGUACAUUCGACCUCUGUGACCUUGAAAAGUAGGUCAAAUCAAAGAAGACCCGGGUGACACAUUGAAUGGUUGUUAGAAUUAGAUCUACCUAUGAUAUAAAAUUGGUGCCAAUCGGGCAAGUUAUACUAGGAAUAAUGGCAUUUUGAAGAAUUUAGGAUUUGGCCCCCUCCCUGGAGGCCAAACGGCAAAUCAGA